AUGGCGGGAUACUGCAAACAGAUUGCAGUUCGUAAAGUUUUUCUAUGGGGAAUAGCUGCCAUAUAUUUGUUUGCAUUCUCUUCUCUUUACAUCCAAAUACCAGGUCUCUAUGGUAGAAAUGGUAUUAUGCCUGCGAAGAUUACAUUCAAAGAAGGUUGGACAAACAUUUUUGUGGUUUCAGUGUGGAACGCCAUUUUUUUGUUUUUUCUUUUUGUUUUUCUUUUUUUCUUUUUUUUGUGGGAGAAGAAAAAUUUUUCGAUAAAACUGUUUGUGAGUCUGAUUAUUUCUAGACUUGUAGACUUCAAGAAUAAUGAGAAUAAAGCUUUAUAAACUAUUCU